UUUUCACAGUGCAAGGACAGAAUUAAAAGCCUGGAGAAGGUGUUCACAGACCCUGAUAGAGAAAACAGGAUAAGAGUGCUGCCUGGAAAAGACCCCCCUAUACAAGAGCUCUUCAAAAAGAUAGAGGAGUUAGAAAUUCAGCUGGCUCGGAAAGAGGAGAAAUUGCUGGAGAAGGACUUUGUUUAUGAGCAAGUUUCCCGAAUGACAGAGAAAAUCAGCGUCAAGGCAGAAAAUGGCAAGGAGGAGACGUUAAUUUUGGCAAAAAAGAUGAACGUACUGCAAGAGAAAAUAAAGAGCACAACUCAGAAGAUGAUGGCUCUCAUUGCAGAGCUGUCAAUGCAUCAAGCCCUUGCCAUUAAACUGCAGCAAGAGAUGAGGGACAAAGAACAGCUUUUAAUGUGCAUUAUCUCUCGGCUGGAGAAAGGUCUUCCACCCCCUAGAGAAAUAGAGGUGGAAUGGCUCAAGGUUCUGCGGGACGAAAAAAUACGUAAAAUAGCAAGUGAAACCAAAGCAAAACAAGCCUUGGAAGAGGAACAGUCUGCCUUGCCAACUGCUGUACACACUACAGCUGAGCAGCGUCCUAACGCCUACAUCCCUGAUGAUGAAAAUGUUCUCCCACUGCCACGGCCCUAUGGAGCGCUGGCACCAUUCAAGCCAAGCGAGCCCAGUGCAAACAUGAGGCACAUGAGAAAGCCAGUUGUGAAACCGAUUGAAAUCUAAGUGACUCAACUUCUGUUGAAGGAGAGAACUGCUCAGAGAAAUGGUCUUUUUAUUCCAUAAAAGUUCCUCGGAAUAAAAGGGGCGGGCAUGCAAGUUUACGGCUUAGUAGCUCAAGUGAUGUUUUUGCCUCCUUGAAACUUCCUGAUUUCCCAAAACACCUAAUGAAAUAAAUAAUGUGUUGGCAAAAAAAAGUGUUGGCAAAAAGAUCAUUACGUUUUCAGUUUCUUAUGUUACGGCAAAUAUUGUCAUCGGUACACUUUUUUAUUCAUUUAGCGUGAAGACAUUUUAUGUAAUA